GUCACUGUCAGUUGUCACAAGUGUCAAAAUUACAACGAGUAAGUGGAUCACAAAAAAAUAGAAAAAAUAAAACAACCAACACCUCAUUUGAAUUGGAAAAAAGGAAUAAACCACAAAACACACGCCUCCGUCGUACGUUCCGUUCAUAAGCAACAAAAACUGGUGCAAUCGUAUUCAUUAAGGUGAAAACAAGUGGAUGAUCCUUACUAAUUGGUAUCGAAUGUCGAUGUGCGUAAUAUGAGGAGAAUAAGCGAAAAUGAAUAGUGUUUGUGUUGUUUAACCGCCGUGAGUGCUUAGUGCCGUGAUGUUCCGUAGCAGAAGUUGGUUUGGCGCCACAUGGGGGCGGCCUAAAAACCCCCAUUCCUUGGAACGGUUGAAAUAUUUACAUAACAUUCUAUGUAAGAACACAACAGUGUCCGAGAGUAAUCGAGGUACAUUAGUGGAGUCCUUGAGAUGUAUAGCAGAGAUAUUGAUAUGGGGUGAUCAGAAUGACAGCUCAGUCUUUGAUUUCUUCCUUGAGAAAAAUAUGCUUUCAUACUUCCUGAGGAUUAUGAGACAGAAAUGUGGAGGAUCAUCAUAUGUGUGCGUGCAGUUGCUACAAACUCUCAAUAUAUUAUUUGAAAACAUCAGGAACGAGACGUCCUUAUAUUACCUACUAAGCAAUAACCAUGUAAACUCAAUAAUUGUUCACAAGUUUGAUUUCUCUGAUGAAGAAGUGAUGGCUUACUACAUAUCGUUUCUCAAGACCCUAAGUCUAAAAUUGAAUAACCACACAAUUCACUUCUUUUAUAAUGAGCACACGAAAGAUUUCCCGUUGUACACAGAAGCUAUAAAGUUCUUCAAUCACUCUGAAUCGAUGGUGCGAAUCGCAGUAAGGACACUUACGUUAAAUGUAUAUAGAGUACAGGACGCGAGCAUGCUUAGAUUUAUAAGGGAUAGAACGGCAGCACCGUAUUUUAGUAAUCUAGUUUGGUUUAUUGGAAAACACAUUUUGGAAUUAGACGCAUGCGUCAGAAACGAUGCUGACCGUCAAUCACAACAAAAGCUGGAUGACCUCGUGGCAGAACACUUAGACCACCUCCACUACAUAAACGACAUCCUAUGCCUAAACAUUCCUGAUUUAAACGAUGUCUUGACAGAGCAUUUGCUGCACAAACUAUUAAUACCUCUCUACAUAUAUUCUCUCACUUCACAAACCACGAAACGCUCAGCUACAUCCUCACCAUACAACAGAGAUCACAUACAAAGCAUAGAAGUGAUCACACGGAACUUAGAAGCAAUAUUAAAAGGAAAGAAUAGCGAAGUAUCACCAACGCGCAUGACCUUCGCAAGACAAAGAGCGGAGUCUGAGGAUGAAUCUAAACCGUCUGUCUCGUGCGUGGUCGCCCUAUUUCUGUUAUCGCAAGUCUUUUUGAUAAUAACACACGGACCCAUCGUGCACGCGUUGGCCUGGAUCAUAUUGCAAUCGGACUUAUCGGUAUUCGAGGACGGGGCGACGAAGAUACUAGAAAUGUACAUACGGAACGCCAAACCGAUUGUCAAGUUGGAGUUUUCGAAGCCUCAAUUAAGUCUAGAGAAGGCUUUAGAGAAUACAUCGAGCGAUAGAGAUUACACCACGCCCGAAUUUAAUGGCAGUAAAUCUUUUGGAUACGAUGAUAAAGAUACGGAUCAGUCGAGUUGCGAUCUUGAUCCAGAAUUGGUGUCGACGUCGCUUCCGUCCACUUCCCAUAUAAGCGAGACUUCGAGUAUAGGACACGAUUCAACUGAAGACUUGGUUACACAAAUACACACAGUGAAAUCAAGUACAGUUGCUAAUGAAAAUAUGCCUGAUUCGCCGCUACCCGAUGGCGUAGAAUUAAGUUCUGCUAAAACUGGUCAGGAGUUAAACAAUAUAACUGAUGAAGAGAAGCAGAAAUUGUUAGGUGUUGCACCAAGUACGUCGAGUGAACGAAUGGCAACCUUAGAAAGCAUAUUAGAAAAAGAAAGUCGAGAUAUAGAAAAGAGACCUUUCUUGAAAACUAUUUUUGAUUCGCUGGAUUGCAGCGAGAAUGACUAUAAAGCGCUGUUUGCGCUGUGUUUACUAUUUGCAUUGAUCAAUAAUAAAGUGGGAGUGAACACAGAACUUUUAGACACAUUGCUAUGUUCGUCAGAAGAAUAUAAUAUUGUACCAAGCACAAGUGCCUCGAGCAGUCAGAAUGAUGACUCGGAAUGUAAAUCUGAAGCGUCAUCGUCGCCGGCGAAAAAACCGAAGCAAAGUUUCAAUGAGUUACUCAUCUCUAAGCUGAUGGCGAUCACUAAUUUAAGCUGUAAACCUAGCGGUAUACUUGCAGCGUCGAAGGUCCGCCUGGUGACGCUGGAGCUGAGCGUGACACUGAUGCGCGUGGCGAUGCAGGGCGCGGGGGUGGCGGGUGCGGGCGCGGGCGCGGGGGUGGCGGCGCGGCACGUGGGCGCGGCCGACGCGCUGCGGGCGCGCGCCGCCGCACUCGCGCGCAACUUCUACAAGUGCGACGAUAUAUUCUUGGAUAUGUUUGAGGAUGAGUACUGUGAGAUGAGCAAGAGGCCUUUGAACGUGGAGUGGUUGUGUAUGGACGCGGCGAUAUUGCUACCGCCGACAAGGACACCCAUGUCGGGGAUAGCGCUGGCGAAACGGUUACCUGGGGGCGAAAUGGAGAGAGCGCGACGCGCGAUCCGGACGUUUUUCCUAAUCCGAGACUUGUACCUGAAACUGAGCGGAAAGCCAGAGAGUCAGCUGCCGUUGACGAACCCAGCGCCUUUUGUGCAAGUUGGAGACGUUUUGGACCUUAAUGAUUCUGAUCUCAUAUCGUGUGAUAUAAUACAAAAGGACGGCACGUGGCAGCACAGGUUUCUAGCCGUGGACAACAUACAGAUAAUACUAGUGGAGCCGGACAAGCAAAGGCUGGGAUGGGGCGUGGCGAAACUUGUGGGCAGUCUGCAGGACUUAGACAUACAAGGCGACAAAGAAGAUCCUCGCUGCCUACAUCUCACGAUCCACAAGCCGCGGAUAGGCGCGAGCGGUGCGUUGCCCCGGACGGUGCUACUACGAGCUAAGUUCAAAUUCGACGACCACAUCAGAAGCAUGGCGGCCAAACAGAGACUUACCAAGGGUCGCACAAAAUCCCGCCAGAAGAAGAUGCAGCAGAUCGGUCGGCUGCUGGAGGUGUCGGGCAUCUCCGCGCCGGCGCUGGCGCCGCGCCACCGCCCGCUGUUCGCGCGCCCCGGCCUCUCCGCCGUGCGCCGCAACACCGGUGGUGAUGGUGACGAAGUUGAACGUCGAUUACGAAGACCCAGUGGACACCUGUUAAAAGACGGUAUUGUUGUUUACAGAGAAAGGACUACAAGCAGAGAAAGUAGCGUGUCCCGCAGCAGCAGCGCGCACGGUUCGCGGGGCGGCUCGCGGGACGGCUCGAGGGACGGCUCGAGGGACGGCUCGCCGCGCGCGCGCUCCGAGGAGAUACCGCUCGAGGACAUCAAGAGGAACGCAGCCGGCGCCAACUCCACGCCACCGCCCACGGUACCACAGAUUCAACCGAGCACAUCGUCUCAGCAACAGAAAGUGACAACCCACUCGUCAGAAGAGACCUCGUUCAUAUCUGGCGAGCCUCCUCGACCCAGGCGGAAAGGCCUAGUCGAAACCAUAUGAUAUUAACUCCAACGCGACAGGUAAGAUACCAGCGUUAUCCUCAGAACAUAACGUUGGACUUUCGUAGUAUUGCUAUCGAAAUCGAUAGUCGAUAGUAAAAUACCCAGACACUACAGCUAAAAUAUAUCGAUACUGGUAAAUACAAAAAGUAUUGUUAACGACAUUGUGCCCUCAGGUAAGAAAAGAGCGGUGAUCAAUUAACAACUGUUAUUCAAAUUUUUAUCUCUAAUUAAACAUGGAAUUGAAAAUCCUUGUAGUUAUCGAUAUAAAUAAGUCGAUUCAGUGUAGGUGUUUAUGGAGUUGUAAAAAAUAAAACUAUUCUAUCGACUCAAUAGAUUAUAGUAAGUUGGUUUCAAAAUAAUAAUGUUAAAAUUUUUAAUAACAAACAAAUUAAAUAUAAUUAUGGCAAGGGACGUAAUGAUGUAAGUGUUUGGCUUGUUGUUAAGAAAGUAUAGUCCGCGAAUAGAUAGUGUUUGUAUAACGAAUGUUAAUGUCUUGAAACGUUUACGUAUUUGUGUGCGUUUGUAUUGUGACGAACAGCUUUUUGUACGAAAAUAGGACUUGAGUGGUAUUCAUAAAAAAACAAGAAAUGCAGGAAGUACGACUUAUUGACUAUAAUCAAUUUUUCAUUUGACAUUUUUUUUUAUAUCAAAUUAACACUGCAUUUAUGUUUCCUCUAUUUUUUAAAAAGAAAAUUCCAGAUAAAUUUUAAUUAUGACUUCAUAUUUUUUUGUAUUCAAUACGCAGAUUUCUCACUCUGUAUGUAUGGUUAUUACUGAAUUUUAUACAUAAUCGAUAUUUAGUAUAUUAUGAGACAUACGCUCGGAAUUUUAUUUGACAGAUGAAAGUUAAAAUUAGUAAUCAUAUCCUAUUUUUAACAUGGAAUUUGAAGUUACUUAUUUUCUAAAAUUCUAAAAUGUUUUAUAACUUUUUUUUCUUGUACUACUUAUAAUUUCUGAUGGAAAAAAGUAUGUAGACUUAAAUUUUUAGUUUACCUAUAAAUUCCUUUAAAGAAAAUAUUCAAAUCUUCUAUAAAGGUUUGUUCACACUAAUAUUUAUUAUUUAAAAGCUCGUUCCCGAGACAAUAAGGAUGUAUUCCAAUGGUUAAGGAUAAAGAAUGUUGACGGCAUGCUAUAAUUAAUUAAUUUUCUUAAUCGGCACCUGAUUAGUAUUAUCAGUUACCACAGUAAAAAUCGUUAGUUUAAGGUUCCUAAGAUAAAAUAUUUUCUACUAAACAACACAUGAUAAAGGCACUAAGGCCUAGAAAUUUUAAAUAGUCAUCUAAAUCAAUACUGGAACUAAAAUUAACAUGUUUACUAUUCGAAUUUUAAGGAGUUACUGUAGUAGUUGUAUCGAUAAUUUUGGAUAAUUGUAUCGAUAAAAAUAUUGCAUGAUUAUAACUGGACAUAAACAAAUUUUGACUUAGAUGAAUUGAAAGUACAAAAGCAAAAAACAUUCCCAAAUUAUGUAUUUUCUUCGAAUAUCGACUUUUAUCGAAAAAAUAUUCAAAGUUGUCCAUACAAUGUGUAACUAUAGAGUAGUUUAGAUAGAGAAUGGAAUAAAACAAUUUUAUUUUUCUAAAAUUGAAAAUAUGGAUCUCUGUUAACGUCCAUGUAAUGUAGAAAAUAUGUAGAAAAAAGACGCCUUCACUACACAUGUGCUCUCAGUGUUUGUGAGUGAACGUCUUUAUUUAUCUAAUAUAUGGUUGACAGUUGGCAAUGAUAAAAACGCCAUCUACACCCUACAAAUCUGUCAACUUGCACUAAGCACACUAUAGGUGGAGUUUGUGUAGGUAAUUUUAUUAAAAUCUAUAAGGAAUGUAAGUCGAUAAAUUAUGAUGCUACGUUGACUCUCAUAACUCAAGAAAUUAUACUUUUUGGUAGUGAAGAAUUAUGUUAGUUCUUUUACAACGUUCUUUUAUAUAUUAUAUUUACGAUUUUAGGAUUUAAUAGCACAAGUACAAAUAACAAUUAUUAAGAAUUGUAAAAAUACGAAAUAAUGUGAUGUCAUUCUAAAGUAGCCCUAUUUCGAUUAUAAUUUCAAUACAUUCCCUCUCUGUGUUUGAUUUGAGGACUUUAAAGUUCUGAAACAAUGUUGAAAUAUUUUUUGUAGUAUAUACUAAUAAGAAAUGAGUUUUAGUUUUUAUCGAUUUUCCUAAUAUAGAAAUUGUCGACACAAACUCCAUAAUUUAUAACGUCGCACUGAUUAACAAAACUAAUAAGGCAAUUUAUUUUAUUUUUGUUUUUAAUUAUAGUGUUCUGCCUAAAACUUUUUUCUAUAAAAAGUAGAGUACAACAUUGAUAAAUUAUUCCUUCUUGAAUACCUUGUUACUUAUCACGCGAAGUUAGCAAUAAAUUGUGGGCAAUCUUAUAAUUUCGUCUUCAAAUGGCUUAGUAGUAUGUCAAUGAGUGCGACGCCAUUACGUUAUAUAUAUCGCAAAAUAAAAUAUGUAUAUGUAAAUUGUAAUUAUUUUUUAAAUUAUUUAUUUGUGUAAAAGUUUUGUGAUGUUUAUCGUCUGCAGGAUGGCUUAUUGUUAUUGGUUGUAUACAUUAAUAAAAAAAAUAAUCUGUUGUCAAAAAUAAGCCAUUAUUGUCUAUGUUGUGAUGUUUUUUUUUUAAGAAUUGCAAUAAUUUUGUAUGUAAAUAAAUAGUAUUUGUAUGUUCAAAAAAGGAAAACUAUUGUAGAUGUUUAAUAAAAUAUAUCUCAUGUUGA